CAUCUGCUGUUUGCUGCUGUCCCUUUGCCCGCCCCGCACGUUCCCGGUCGCUUCCGCAGCAGCAGGCCACUGCGAGCCUGCAGCCUGCCUCAGUCGUCCUUGUCGCAGGCCCGCCGCCGCACACAGCCAUUCAAAGCUGCCGCAAAAGCUCUAGCGGGACGUGCCUGGUCCGUGUGUCUGCCAGUUCAACAGCAGCAGCAGCAAACAAACAAAAAAAACAGCACACACACAUCAUGCGGCGCAUACAAUUGGCGCUUUAUUAGGUUGGAUCGAAAUUUCGCUUUCAGCUUGAAGGAUUCGCGUGCGUGCGUGCCGAGUACAAAUUCGGACAACAGUUUCUCGGUGUGCGCGUGUAGUAGCCUUCGUAGUAGUGGUCGUUUUCUGUGCCAAAAUAAAAAAAAAAACAUACACACACACAACGGACAGCGAACGGUGUGUUUAUGUGCGCGGUGCGCAAGAGCGGUAGCAAAAAGGCGAGUAACAACGUGAUCGAAUCCGCACCGCGUUUUCCGUCCGUAGUCGAAGUUCACACGACGAACGGUGUCGUCGGGACAGCGGACCAGGCAGUGCGGCCACCAAGUGCAGUGACAGCGAGAGAGAGAGAGAAAAAGAGACAGCCGCUCCACGACGGUCACCGUGCCACGGGUUCAAUAAUCUGCCCGAACCGAAAAGCAAAAAUUAGGCUACUACGAUUACACCAAACGGCAGUGCUGACCAGCGGCAGUGUGUGAUUUAAUUUAAUUUAAGUAUAGGCCCCCAGGCGGCAGAGAGCAACGACCGUCCGCGGCACGCACAUUCCAAAGCAUUCCCACCGAGCAAAGGGUGAGUGUGCGAAAGGACACAACCAUGAGCAGCGGUGGCUCGUCCUCAACGGCCGGAAGUAAUGCGGGUGGUGCGACGGCCGCCGCAAACCAACCUGGACAGGCGGCGGACGUUGGGAACCGUGGCUCGGACGGAAGUGGCCAGGCCGCCGCCACCAACGGACCGGAGGGAAAUAUCGUGGAAAAGCAGCCGAACGGUGGUGGUGGUGCUAGUGCGGGUGGUGGCACGCACGAACCGCACGCCUCCUCACCCGCCCAUCAGCAUCGGCACGGGGGCGGCCAGGGCGGUGGGACGACGACGACGACGUCCACCAGCACGGUGCUGCGGCGCAAGACGAACGUUUGUCUGAUCUGCGGCAUUUACACCAAUCUGUCCCUCAACAUCUUCGAGCCGCGCAACGGGCCGAACAUUGUGGACGUUAUCUACGAAAAGUACAAGUUUCGGGCCGAGCGGGGUGAUAACGCGGACAAACACAUCUGCUUCAGCUGCAACAACUGGCUGAUCAAUUGGUACUCGCUGCAGAACACCUCGUCGGGCAGCUCGCGCGCUUACGAACCGGCCCCAUCGACGAGCCGCUCCUCCUCGGCAGCCGCCGCCGACAGCAGCAACAACAGCAGCCGGCCCGGCGGUCGCCGCCAGCAUGCCCACAAGCCGCGCACGAAAGCUCCGCAUCGUCACGUUUGCCCUCCGCCGGCCGGUGAUAAGGAAAAUCGUCCCCAAAAACGUACCGUGCAUCAACCGGACCAGCACGGCCAGAUAUCUUCCACCACGGGCAGCUUGGAGGAAGGCUGGGAAGGAAGGCCGGCCCAGCAGCUCCAUCCGUACGCGAAAAAGCUGCACGCACCGUGCACAGCACGCCGUGGAUCGCUUGCGCUGAAGGAAAGCAAUGGCCAGCAAGUCGGUGGCAAUGGGUGGUGGAACGAACGCUCUCACAAGCAGCUGUCGGACGCUGUCGUCUCGAGCAGUACGGAGGAGGGCCCCGAUCCGUACCGGAUACUAGUCAAACCGUUCGAAAGCCGCCUCAUACAGAUGCUGCAAGGCCAGGGCACGAGUGUGACGAAGGAGCAAGCCUCGCCGAACCGUGCCGGCCCGUGGGUACCACCACGCACGAUCGAUAGCGCGAACGGGAACUGCGUGACCGUGGCGUCCCAAAGAACGGCGCCCGAUGCGAACGGAAACGACGCUAGCAGUCACGUUCGGAACGAUGCGCCAGAGGAUGAGGACGAUAGUGGCAGGGAAAUUGUAAUCAGCUUCGAUACAACCCUGUCGGAAGUGAUCGAUGUCGUACCGUCACUGAAAGCCAUCCAGUGCUGGUACGGCAAUGGGGAUUCAGCGUCGUCGUUGGAGUCAAUGGCACGCCACGACGGCGAUCCCGUACGCUCUCUGCGCCAGCGAUUAUCCUCCGGAUCGCUUACCGUGUCGCUUAUUGACGGUGAGGCGCACCGUGGUUGUUCCAGUGGUGGUUACGUUUAGUGGAGAAGCGAGCUGUAGAGUUAAGAUGCGCAAGAUUAUGUCGAAACAGUAGCAAACGUGGUGGUGCAAAACAUUUGUUGUUAGUUCAAUCCUAUCCAGGAGAGGAUGCCAGGGAUAAUCAGAAGUCCUCGAGUGUGCGUGCCGAUGAGCUCGCUGGAGGGGUGUGUAUUUGUUACAACAGAGCGUGUUUUAGUUAUGACCAAAUCGUUAAACUAAUGAGGUGUGCACCAGAAAAAACACACACACACACAAAGCAAAGGCAAAUGAAUGCUAAUCGUGACAUAUUAACUUAAUUAAGAUUACAAGAUAUCGAUAUUUUGCCAUACAAUUAUGAAUGGGAAGAGGUUUAUUGUGAGCGUAGGCCAUAGCGAAAGAGAAAGCACGAAGCCAUUCGAGAUACAGUAUGCGUGUCGCCUGUCGACCUAACGAAACUGACUGGGACUGCUUAGUUUAAUUUUGUUUUUAGUUUUAUUUGUACCGUUCUAGUAUCGCUUCCAAAAGAAACUCAACACUUUCCCUACUCUUCCUACUAUUGUGCUUUGUUGGGAGGGGAAGAUACAAUUCGUUACGUAUGUGGUAAGGCUAGCAAUGGUAAGGCAUUUGGAUCUCAUAUUUUCAAGCAUCCCCAGUGCGGGGUGGGUUGUGUACAUUCCGUUAGUAGUGUAGCAGCAAGAACAAAACAAACCCAAACUAUUGUCGAACAAACCAAAUCAAUGCGUGUGAAAGCUUCAAAAAACGGUGACCGACAACAGCAGUUACUUGCAGGGCAAAAUGUUAGUAUUAUUGCGAAUUUCUUUACACCGUUUAGCCGUUUGUAUUGUGAGCUUAUAAUCAGAACCAAUGGUAAAUGAUCGUGUAGCAGCUGUCUUAUCAUUCCUAUUUUUACAAUUAUUAUUUUUUUCCGCUGUUAAACUCUACCUUAUUUUGUGAUUAUCGUGAGAGAUGAGAAAUGGGGAGAUAUACACGCUGGAUUUGCGGUACAAAUUGCGUGCGUGUCAUAGUCUUCACCUCUCGGGGGUGGGCAAGCAGAAACGCAAACAAACAAGCAAACAAGCAUUUAGCCUUAUUGUGCGUGUGCAGCUAACUUAAACGAAACAAUACAUAAUGUUUGGAAAAUGCCGAUAAAUGCUGGAAUGAAGCUGGACGGCCCAGAAACCAAAUCCCUCUCAA